CAUACAGCGACAUCUCUUUGUUAGCCGACCUUCGCAACUUUCUCUUCACUGUGAGCCAAGUUUUGCCAGCUUCAUCGAAUAAAUCGGAAAAAUGGCUACUCGUUUGUUAAAAAUUAGUAGUGCGCUACGCACAUAUAGCAAUAAAACCAGCCUGGUUAAGGUACCAAAACAAUGGCGUUCGACUGCUACUUCUCUGAAAGAAGCACUUGUCAAUCAACCAGCUACCAGAAUUACAACUCUGGAUAAUGGAAUGAGAGUGGCUAGUGAAGACAGUGGAGCUGCAACAGCUACUGUUGGCCUUUGGAUUGAUUCUGGUAGCCGAUAUGAGACAGAUGAGAAUAAUGGUGUUGCUCAUUUCAUGGAACAUAUGGCUUUUAAGGGAACCACCAAACGUUCUCAAACAGACUUGGAAUUGGAAAUAGAGAACAUGGGCGCUCACUUAAACGCUUACACAAGUCGGGAACAAACAGUGUUUUACGCGAAAUGUUUGUCGCAAGACGUACCGAAAGCUAUUGAGAUUCUGAGUGAUAUUAUUCAAAAUUCUAAAUUAGGCGAAAAUGAAAUUGAAAGGGAGCGUGGCGUUAUUUUGCGCGAAAUGCAGGAAGUCGAGACAAACCUGCAAGAAGUCGUAUUUGACCACUUGCACGCAGCUGCCUAUCAAGGCACAUCCUUAGGACGAACGAUAUUGGGACCUACUAAAAAUAUUAAAAGUAUUACACGAAAUGAUCUUGUUAAAUACGUGAAGACCAACUAUGGGCCACCUAGAUUCGUGCUGGCUGGUGCUGGUGGUGUAAAUCACAAUCAAUUAAUCGAACUUGCCCAAAAACAUUUUAGUCAGAUGGAAGGGCCACAGUAUGAUGAUAUUCCAGAUUAUAUCAAAUCUUGUCGUUAUACUGGCUCUGAAAUAAGAGUCCGCGACGAUACGAUUCCUCUCGCUCAUAUCGCGAUUGCUGUUGAAGGUGCUGGAUGGCCUGAUGCAGACAAUAUUCCUCUCAUGGUCGCGAAUACCCUUAUGGGAGCAUGGGAUCGUAGCCAAGGCGGGGGUGUGAAUAACGCGAGUAGUUUAGCUAAAGCCUGCGCAGAGGAAGGCUUGUGUCAUAGCUACCAAAGUUUCAACACAUGCUACAAGGAUACUGGUCUCUGGGGUGUAUACUUCGUUUGUGAUCCUAUGAAGUGCGAUGACAUGGCGAGCCAAAUUCAGCACGAAUGGAUGAAGCUGUGCACAUCAGUUACUGAGAAAGAUGUGACACGCGCUAAAAAUAUUCUCAAAACUAACAUGUUUCUGCAAUUGGAUGGCACUACCGCAAUUUGCGAAGAUAUUGGCCGUCAGAUGUUAUGUUAUAAUCGCCGUAUUCCGCUUCACGAACUCGAAAUGAGGAUAGAUAGUGUAACUGCCGAAACUAUUCGUGAUGUUGGUAUGAAGUAUAUUUAUGAUCACUGUCCAGUGAUCGCGGCAGUUGGUCCAGUUGAAAAUUUGAUAGAUUAUAACAACAUUCGUUCUGGCAUGUACUGGCUCAGACUGUAAUCAUCCUCAGAUUCAUAAAUUUUAGCGCACCGAUUAGAAAUAAAAUAAAACUACAAUGUGCAUAUACUCAUGAUAUAGUAGUUUCUUCCAUAUGAGAUUGUAGUUUUAUUUUGAAAUACAUUUACGAGUGAAUGUUCGUUGAUGUAUACUACCUGGCGAAAUAAAUAUACAGUCGAAAAUA